AUGAUUAGUGAUGAAGUUUAAAAGUAUAAAAAGAUGGAAGAGAAAUUUCUAUAAGAAUUUCAUUCAAAAAAUGGAUCAUAUUUUCUUAUUUCAUCACAGUUAAGUAUUCAUUCUAAUUUUAAGAUGGUUAAAUAAUUGGAAGAAGAAAGUAGGAUAUGAAGGAGAUCCAAAUAAUUCCAUAUAGUUGGGCAAUAUCAAUAUUGAUAUAGGAUAGAAACCAAAACAAGUUUUAAAGUAUGAUCCUUUUGAACUUCAUCCAUGGAAUAUUUAAUUAAAACCUAAUUUAGUUGAAGGGAUUGAUUAUUAAAUUAUUGAUAACCAUAUGUGGUAAUUUCUGAAGGAGUAUAUAUAUAUAUGUGAAUUUAGAUUUAAUAAAAAAAGAGUUGAGUUUACAAUUGAGAGAGAUUCAUAUUUAAACAAUGAAGGAUAAAGAUAAAUAUAAGCUUAUUUAAAGUGCAUCAAAUUUGUGCCCAUAUUCCCUUCGGCUUUGUAGAAACUCUAAACCUCAAUGAUAGAAGGUGAAUAAUAGAUUUCACCAAUUGCAUAAAUUAGCGAGGUUGUAACUAUUCUGAGUAAAACUUUGAAAACAGUGUAAGAAUUAAAUUUAUGCAUUUAGUACAUCAGCUAGAUUUGUUACAAAAGACAAUAUCAGACUAUAUAAAUUAGGAAGUAGUUGGAAUCUUGAAAAUUUAAAGAUAUUUUUAUUGUAAUAAUUUAAAGAGAAAAAAUAAUUGAUUGAAUUUACAGAUAUUGAAUUCUUAAAUCCUGCAGAUAAUAAGUAAAUCAAAGAUUACAACUUUGAAAAAGAUUAAAUUUUAAUAAUGGAUGCUAAAGAAAUACAUAAUACCUUCUUAAUAUAAAACAAUCUCUUUGAAUUAGAAGAAAAAUGCAUAUAUUGUUCAAAUUAUUAAAAUUUGAAAUUUAAUUGUGUUUGCAAAAAAGUUAAAUAUUGUAGUGAAUCCUGUUUAUAAUAACAUUCAAAUCAACAUAUUUAAAUAUGUGAAAAAUAAAAUGAUACAGAUGAAAUACUUAUUAAUUUAUUGCCAAAUCCCUAAUCAAAAUAAGGAUUAACAGGAUUAAGAAAUUUAGGAAAUACUUGUUAUAUGAAUAGUGCUUUAUAAUGUUUAUCAAAUACUCCAGAAAUAUCUAGGUAUUUUUUGGAUAAUUCAUUUAAAUUUGAUAUUAAUUAAGAGAAUGCCUUAGGCACAAAUGGUGAAUUUGCAUCUCUAUUUUCUUAUCUAUUAAAAAGGCUUUGGUUUGAUAAGUAAUCAUCAAUAUCACCAUUUUAAUUUAAGAAAUUAGUAGGUAAAUUAUCACCCAAUUUUGCUGGAAAUGCCCAACAUGAUGCACAAGAAUUCAUUACAUUAACACUUGAUUUACUUAAUGAAGAUUUAAAUAGAAUUAAAGUAAAACCAUAUGUUGAAAUUCCAGAUAAUAAUAAUAGACCUGAUGAUAUUGUAAGUUAAGAAUAAUGGGAUUGUUUUAAAAAAAGGAAUGAUUCAUUAAUUGUUGAUGAAUUGUAUGGUUAAUACAGAUCAAAAUUAUAAUGCCCAAUAUGUUAAAAAAUAUCAAUUACAUUUGAUCCUUAUUUAAUGGUUAAUGUAACUAUUCCAUAAGAAUAAAAAAAAGUAUUGGAAUUUUAUAUAAUUGAUCCUGAAAACCUUUGGCUAAGCAAAACAGUAACUCAUUAUUAUGAACCAGAAUUAAGAUUAAAAGAAGUUUUAUAAUUUAAAUCAAAAGAAUGGCUUAAUUGUGAAUGGGAUUAAAUUAUCCUAACAUUAAGUUCUACAUUUUCAAUUGAAGAAGGUAUAUUUAUUUAAUAAUUUAGUUUUCUUGGAUUAAAGAUUAGAAUUACUUAAGAAGUAAUUAAAAUAAGAUAAAAAAUUAUAAUUAAGAAAACUAACAGUUUAAGAAUAAAUAAUAUCAAAUGAAUAAUAAGUACAUGUUUUAAUCCAUAAUUAAAUAUAAACUUUGAACAAUUGGAAAAAAGAUAUCACUCCUACUAUGUACUUUAUCUUAUCCUAAAAUUAUAAAUAUAAAGAAAUCCAUAUGUUUUUAUUUGAUUGUUUCAAAAAUGUACUUAAAAAUUUUGCAGAAUUUGAUUAAAACUGGCUUAAUUCUGAUAAUUUAGAAGAUAUCUAUCAAUAAAAUAUUUUGGAUAAAUAUUGGAAGAUAAUGUUUAAAUCAAAUUAAAGGUAUUAAGUCAAUUGUUCUUAUUGCUAUAAAGCUUAUUGUAAUGAUUGUCCUCUUGAAUUUGUUGAUAAAAUAUUUGGUGAUUGUUUUUAAAGAGAAGAUAAAUUAUUACAACCAGAAAUCCAAAUCAUAUGGUUAAAACCAUGUAGAGAAAAAAUUGAUGAUAUAUAUACUGAAUAUCAAAAAAUCUAUGAUCCAAAUUAUAAGGCUCCUUUUGUUAAUCUCAACUGGGAUAAAAACCAAAAAAAUAAUAAAUAACAAUAGGCUUAUACUUUAGAACAUUGUUUAGAAUAUUCAACUAAACCAGAAUAAUUAUAAGCAGAUAACACUUGGUAUUGUAGUGGAUGUAAAGAUCAUGUGUAAGCUCAUAAAACAUUGUAAAUAUAUAAAACUUCUAAGAUUCUAAUUUUUCAUCUAAAAAGAUUUAAAAAUUCAUAUAAAUUGUUUAAAUCAAAACUGUAAACCAAUAUUUUAUAUCCUGAAAAACUAGAUAUGAGUAAUUUUGUAUUGCAUAAAGGUAUUCUCUAUUAUUUACAUUUAGAAAAUAAUAAUUUAUAUGAAUUGUAUGCAAUCUGCAAUCACAUUGGAGAAUCUGGAAGUGGACACUAUACUGCAUUUUGCAAAAAUAAUGGAGAUUGGUACAAAUUUGAUGAUUCAAUUGUCUCUAAAGAAACAAAUAGCAUAGUCACUCCUAAUGCCUAUGUUCUAUUUUAUAGAAGAAUUGAUCAAAUAAAUGUCGAAUAUGAUUUACAAGCUAUAUUAAAAAAGAAUAUUGAUUUAUUAUUAGCAGAUGAAGUGUUUAAAAAACAUCUACAAAACUUAUAAUAAGAUAAUAGUGAGAAUAUUGAUCCAUAAAAGUAAGACUAAUCAUCUAUUCAUAAAUAAUAAGUAUAACAUAGUGAUUAGAUAGCUAAAUAAGAAAUUAAUGUAAUUAAUAAUUAAUCAAGUUGCGAUUAGAAUAAAGUAGAAGAUUAUGGAAACAAAGAUUAACUAUGA